GCAGAGAUCCUGAGUUGGUAUAUUGCAGUGCUGCAGACAGGCAGCAGUGUGCGAGAGGCCGGUUUAAAACCACGGGAUUUGGAUUAGAGAGAACCCACGAGCCUUUAAGCGCAAGAGGGAGGAAGAGGAGGGGGGAGCUACGGGCUGAUUUUGAUCUUUUACCGGAUCGAUAAGAGGAGGAGGCGCGGAGAAUGAGUUAUUCCUGUAGCCGCGCGCAGCCCGCUCGUUGGCUCCGACGCACGUAAAUCUGCGGCGACGCGACGCGGAGAUCACCGAGGAGAAAAGCUCCACUUCCUUCCAGCAGCGCGCGCGGUCAUAAUCCGUCCUCCUACUGGACAUGAAAGUACAGCAGGGCUGCAACUCAGCGGACAUGGGGAUCCCGGUGAAAACCGAAGAAGAGCUGCGCAAAAACACCGUCAUCACACCUGAGGAUGUGCUCGGGCUACAGAAGAUCACCAAGAAUUAUCUCUGCUCUCCAGAGGAAAACGUCCACAGGAUUGACUUCACCAGGUUCAAGAUCCGCGACAUGGAAACGGGGACUGUGCUGUUUGAGAUCACCAAACCUCCAACUCCAGGUGGCGUGAAACUCUGUGACCCCAAUGCUGGCCGGUUUGUCCGAUACCAGUUUACUCCAGCGUUCCUGCAGCUGCGGCAGGUUGGAGCCACAGUGGAGUUCACGGUGGGAGACACCCCCAUCAAUAACUUCCGCAUGAUUGAGAGGCACUACUUCCGGGAUAAGCUGCUCAAGAGCUUUGACUUUGAAUUCGGGUUCUGCAUGCCCAGCAGCAAGAACACGUGCGAGCACAUUUACGAGUUUCCUGCGCUGUCCGAGGACAUCAUGCGCGAGAUGAUCCAACACCCGUAUGAAACCCAGUCUGACAGUUUCUACUUUGUGGACAACAAGCUGGUGAUGCACAACAAGGCAGAUUAUUCCUAUUGUGGAGGACCAUAGGUGGACCUCAAUGCUUUUCAAUCUUCCACUUCAAGACAUUUUACAGACUGCCACUUCAGGACCAGAAAAAAAAUAAACUUGGCAGACAUGUCAUUGACAUCCAAUCCUUUCACUGGUUAGCUCCACACAUUUCUGGUUAGAUUCACAACUGUCUAACCAAUCAACUUCCCCCUUUUUGCCUUUUUUUUUUUCUUUCAGCACCAACUCAGCCAGUUUUAUCACAAGUUUGCGUCAUCGUGUGAGUGUGUGGGCAACAGCACAUGGCGUGUUUGUGCAUACUGUUGACUUGCGGGUUCCUGUUGAUCAUUGGGAGAAUUUUUUUUGUUUGGUAAAUAGUUAAAAAGGUUUUUACAAAAGAGGAAAACGUAUAGACAAAGUUUAAAUCUAAGCUAGAUUUAAGAGUAUUGUUUGUUUUGGUGUCUUUUAGCACUUUUACUUGCAGGGUUUGUUUCAUUCAUAGCAGCACAUGCAUCCGCCGUCUGUGUUCUGUUAUCGUCUUGCUGGAUCACAGCGCUGUGUUUUUGUCAUUUCCUCCAUGUUUGAAUAGUAUCGCAAUGUGAGGGUUGUUUCUUUUUUAAACAAAUAGCCACUUUGAGGUGUCAGAAAACAUGUUAGCCAAACGUCAGAUUCCUGUUUUGAUAAGGAGUAUUUUCUCUCUAUUAAUAAACACUGUGUAUAAUUUUAUUCUGAUGAAUGUUUUAACAGAAAAUGUGGAAAGUUUUGACAGCUGAAGUUCCAUCAUGGCAAUAAACAUAGGAUUUUUGGAAUUAUCCUGAUCUAUUUUUACAUCAAUGUCACCGUCUUUACCUAAAAAUGAGAAGGGGUGUGUAUUUCCCCCUGUUAAGAUAUAUUGAAAAUGUAUAUUUUGGCAGAUUAGACGCUGUUGUUGUUUCUCAUUUGAAUUUCUAUGCUAUUUUAACGAAAUCUUUUGAGAACUUUUGUUUGAUAUUGAUAAACUUUCCAUCAUGCCUGUGUUGUCAUCAGGUUACUUGAUGAAAUAAAGAGAAAGAUGACAUAAAAGGAAAAACA